UUGAACCGUCAACAGCAGCAGCAGCAGAGUAGUGUGGCAUCCGAUGUUCGACGAGUAGACCAACGACGACGACGACAACGACAACAGCAACAACAACAAAGACGAUUAUUGGAUACAAGCGGGAGGAUUUUCCAAACGAACCGCGUGUCUGACUGGCGACUGGUGCUAGUCUCUCGGCAAACGUUAGACCAGGUGGACGUUUUGGCGCGUGUUUUGUGUUCCGCUUUUGUAGAGUCCCACAGUCCGGUUAUGUGAAGCGACGUGUUUUUUCCAAUCGAUGGGCUCAAUUCACUUUCGAACUGAUUAGGCCAUAUCGAACCCGAUUCGAGACAAUCAGUCAAUCAGUCAGUCGGUCGGUCGGUGAGGCAGUGGCAAAGACGAGUAACAAAGAGAUUAGAAAUUGCGCUUGCUUUGAUCUGUUUCGAAAGGAACAAGUGAAGCGGCGAACGGCCUACGAACGUGCGGUCACCCUUUUGGGUUGGUGAAAACCUAACCCUGCGGAGCACCGUCGGGCCGCCCGCCGUUGGCUGUUUGGAUUUUCUGUUCGCACCCGUUCAUUUGUCUAUGCUGACACGAGUCGGUGGGUGGUGGUACGUGGAAUUUUGAAUGUGCACAAGAAUUUGGUUAUGCUUCGGUAAGAUCGGUCGGGGAACAAAAACAAAAACCACGGUGGCUUGAGCCACCGCGAAACGAAAGUGAAUGCUGGAUGCUGUUGUGGUGGUGAUACUGCACCAGGUAUUAAUUAUUGCAGCAAUUGGAGUGUGAUUCGCAACAUUGUGGGUGGAUUUCAUGGCACGGUUUGCCGAGGUGCGGAAUGUAGAAGAUAAUCAAAAGUGAAUACUUUACAAACUGCCUUCAGGGUGGCCGAGCCUUGCGGGCAAUCGAGUGUGUCUGCGUGGAGUGGAAAGCGAGAAGCAAGUGCUAUGCUGAAAAUGCAAUUUCACUGCAAUUUUGAGUGAGCGGGAAACAGGAUCUAAAAGUCUUUUGUUGUUGUUUUGGCUUUACGGUGAAACUCCCCCGUUUUGUUUUUUUUUUGUAUCGUGCUGUCGUGAUUUCGUUUAAUGUGCCCGAUUAUGGUGAUGAUGAAAGUGUUAAACAGGAUCAAACUCAUGCUGCCACUAGUGGUGCUGAUGCUUUCCGUGAUGAACAGAUGCUGCAUGGCCGAACAGGGACCGACGACAGGAUCGACGGUGUCGUCGGUAGAUUUCGCUGCACAGCUGCAUGUGUCACAGAAUGUCACACCUUCUCAGCAGUCACCGGAACCUCCAUCUCAGGAGCAGGAACUCGCAAAGGAUGUUGUUAUGCCAGAAAUUAUUCAGCCCCCGCAGGCACUUCAUCUAACAACUCUUGUACCACUUGGACGGCCUUUCGACGAUGAAACUGUUUCGAUGACACCGUCCGACGGUUUGGAUGGUCGCAAACGCCGACGGCUGGGUAGGAAACGGAAGAGAAGACCCCUGCAGGAUGACUAUUGGCAGGGUACACCGCGGGAUGAGGAACAGGAAGGAGGGUCGUUCUAUCGUGGCGGUGAGCAGGAAGUGACAUUCACACCACUCGAACGAAAGCGAACCCAUUCCCGUUGGGAAGGGACCGGCGGUGGCACCGGUUUACGACCACGGCCGGACCGAUGGACCAAUCCAUACAGUGAUGCGGUAGAUCCGCAAUUUCCCGUAAGUAGCGGUCCACCGUCUCGUUUGAGACCGUACGAAACUUCCAACCCAGGAAGAGAGAAUUUUCCUCCUAUUGACGGCAAUAGGCAAAGAAGACUCCCCCGACCGGAGGAACCGGUUACUACCACCUCCGGUUACAAAGCGUACCGAAAACCAUACUCACAGGCGAAACGAAACGAGGAGGAGAACGGUGGAUCGUCGGGUGAGGCCGGUAAAGGUGCAACAGCCGAUCUAAAAACUCUACUCAAACAAUCCGGUGGGGUCAGCCUCAGCGAGAUUCUCCAGCAACGUAACAUUUCUCUUCAGGACCUUAUCAAAGGAAAACAGAUGGCUUUGGCAGCACUGACACAGAGUCCACUGGAUUCGCAAACCAUGACCGAAACCGACAACGAAGUUACUUCCAUCGUACCGACCCUGUCCAGUGUCCAGUUUCGUGUGCAAGAUGACACAACGGCCAAACCGGACUACAAUGACAUCAAAACCAUCAAAAGGAUCCCGGUGUACUCACCUUCCGCUGCACCAAUGAUCGCAACAGAAAAUCCAACAAGCACUUCUUCAACCACGACAACCUCUCAACCGGGACCUUCUGGCCAGGAGGAAACCAAUUCGGUCGAAGACAUCAUCACACUGGACAACCUCGGAGGUCGUAACGAUAACGUCGCUAUAUUUCCCACGGUCGAAGUCAAACAACUCGCUCUCAACCCGGUCUUACCGACGGUAAAGGAAGAACGGCUGCGACCCAUCAAGGGAGUUGCCUCCCGCAUACGGCCGGAUCUGAGCAAUUCGAACAUCCGUACGGAAGAGAUAUUUGCCGCAUCGAAGAAACGUUACGAAAACUCCAAAUCAUUUGCCACCGCUGAAUCCUGGCAUUCUUCGUCUACCAUCGGUCCGGGUCCGGUAGUGGUGGGAUCUACCGUACGCGAACGAUGGACUCCAUCGCCAGGUUUGUACGAAAAGCGGGAGCAGUUUUUGCAGAAACUGAACCAGAACAAAGUACGAAACCGUCCAUCGUCGACCGUAUCUACGGAAACCCACGGUGACGCACCGGAAGAACACGGUGGCCGUGUAUCACCGGAAGCGGAAUCAUCCAAUCAAACAUCCACCGAACGCAGUCCGCUGAUGCGCAUUCCUUCGGCAAGAAAUCGUCUGUCCAUAAAACCAAAAUCGCGAACUUCACCACCAUCUCCUCCGCCCAUUCCGGUACAAACGCAGUCCACCGAAAGCCACAGUCUCGCCGAUGUAGAGUUCCACGAAGAAGCAGAAAACGUUACCAAACUGUUGGAAACCGAGGAACCAGAGUUGAACAUAAUCGAAAAGUUUACCUCGUUCGAGGAAACCAAGGCACACGGGGAACCUCCCGAACCGCCCGUGAGUUCGUCUGAUACAACCACCAGCGAAGGUGAGCCUCUGAACGAAGAUGAUCUGAUCGAGCGCAUCAAUCAAAACACUCAACGAUCCUUCACCGACAGUAUGGAGGACUACUUCCGCGAUGUAACCGAAAGCAAUCCGUCACUGUUCAACGAUCUUGGACCGAUCACGCUGUCCGACGACAAACGGGAAAUUUUGGAAUUGAUGGAAGAUCGCCGGAUAGGGGCCCGGCUGGCCAAGGUUCUGUCCCAACGAAACAUGACACUGGACGAACUGCUAGAGCACAGGAAGCGAGGUUCCAGUCAGCUGCACCUGUCGGAAAUCAUCAACAGUAAGGUGAAACCGAUGGAAGAAAAAAUGGACAUCGUAACGGCAUUCGAACACUUUCCGAGGUUCAACAUCGGCAACCUGCGUAGUAUUAGACCGGACGACAUCAAGCAGGAUUCGCAAGGUUUCAGCUAUUUUACGUCGAUCAUCAACAUCCGGCCGACGGAUGAAAUCUACAAAGAAGCUCGUUCCAUGCAAGAUCGGGACCACCAUCGGGAGCAUAAAUUCCUCGAUUGGAAGCUGCAGCAUCCGCAUUCGGUGAAUCACAAAAUGGAUGGCGUUCAUUUUUUAGGUAGUGGCGGAUCGAAGGGUGGGCUGAUCACCCCUUCGCGGAUGUCCGCCGACGCCGAGUUCGACAGUGGCAAUGAUCAAAGCAGCGAUCUGCUGGAUCUCGAGCUGACCGGUCAUGGUUUCAACCAUCGGCACACGGUCACGAUCGAGAGUGCCUCGAUGCCGCUAGGCGUCCGAUCGGCAAUCGUGGCCAGUGCCUGUAUCGUGGGAGUCUCGUUGGCCAUCUUCGCCGUCAUCUUUGUCGUUUGCCGGUGGCGACAGCGCCGAAGGAACAAACUGAACUACACCGAAAACUUCAACAUGGCCAAGGGUCAGCUGCCGAUGAUGCACGGUGAAGGACGGAAGACACCCCUCAACGAUCAGGUGGUGUACACGACGGGUCAACACCUACAGCAGAUGCCCCUGCAGCGAAAGGACAGCAAGGUCAACACGAUGGACCCGAACUCGCAGGAGGUGCACGACUAUCUGUGGGAUACGAUGCGGAAGCCGUUCCAGUAGGUGGCGGCUGCUAAGGGAAGAACGAUGUGUAGAACGCCAUAUGAGGAAGAGUUUGGAAUUCAGCAUCCGUGUCCUAUGGACCAUAAAACAUCGCUCUAAGUUUUCCAUAAUCACGCAUACGGACAUACAACCCCCCCGAGAUUCAAGUCGAAAGGAAAACUCCACACCUUAGCCGUCGCUCCAAAACGAUCACCACCAACAGCAGCAUCGCAGGCGCGCCCGCCGAUUCAACUGUCCGUGUCCGUGCCAGUGUUAUUAUGAGUUUAUUAAUUGAUAAUAAUUACUUUGUUAUGAAUAUGCACCAUGCACGUACUCGACCGUGAUCGAAGCAAAUCGGAUGCAGCGUCUCGAAAAGAUGCUGCAUGCACACGCAAGGCGAAACAAAUUUCCACCUCAAUGCCGUGGUGGUGGACAUGACAGCGAAGAAGAAAAAGAACAAAAAAUACAAAUGAAAAACAACACAAGACGAAGGUGAAGUACUGGUACAUCUUUUCCAACAGUGCAGUUUAGUCCGGUGCGUAUUUAUUUCGAGCAACCGAACACGGAUUUUAAUGUUUCUGUAGGGGAGUAGAAAAAAAAACCUGCAGCAAAAGGGGAAAAAUGCAAUAACAAAAAAACAAAAUACAUACAAAACCGAUUGUUAAGAUACUAGCAGAUUAAGUUUCAAUUGUGCAAUAUACAUGAACGGUAGAGAAAGAUACGUAAAAAAACGAUGAGGAAAAAGCUUUGCACAUAUAGCAUGUCUGAACCAGAAAGCAGAACAAGCGAUACAUUUUUAAAUUAGUACUAAUGUUAAUUUAUAAUUAGUAUGUAACGCUAGUAGCCAUUCAUGUAAGCUUAUUAGCAAUACGAUAGUAUAGUUAAGGGAUCAGGUGCAAACAAUGCAUAACUGAGAGAUCGUUCUCAUCGAGGAGGAACUGGUUGGAGUAUGAUCGGUAAUUUCCAAUCUACAGCUCACAACAUUCGGAUAUGCAAUGAUAAAAAAAAACCUAAAACUCUUCUCGCUGACGAAAAUCUAUCGAUAAUUCAACUCAUUAUAUCAUAUCACCGUUCACUCCUAGCUGCUUUUGACUUUAUUUAUUAGAAUACCUUUUCCGUGAGGUUCAAUUGUAUUUAAAUGCAGCUAUAAUGUAGCAAAUAUUCGACAUAAUGUACAGUAAGAAGGCGAAUAAAUUUGAAAGUCCUUUAAAAAAAAUUUGUUUGUUAUUAGAUUUAUUGCGGUUUGAAACCAAACAUUUAUCCCAAUGUGGGAUUGGUUCCUCACGU